AUGCAGGGAAAGUAUAAAAUCACAGAGCAAAUAGGGAAGGGUGCUACUUCUGCGGUGUACGAGGGGAUAAACACUAGAACCCAGAAGAAAGUGGCCAUAAAAGUGAUUGACUCUCAGAGCACAAGAAACCUUCACUUGGCGGCAAAUGAAAUUCGGGUACUGCAGAGACUGUCGCACCCAAAUAUUGUAAAAAUACUUGAGACAGUGGAAACAGAGAGACAGACACUUAUUGUGUUGGAAAGGUGUAAAUUCUCUCUUUCUUCUGUGGCUAAAACAGGGAAUCUUCCGUAUAAAAGUAUUCUUAGAAUAUUUAGAGAUAUUCUUGUGGGCGUGCAGUAUCUUCAUGCAAAUGGGAUUAUACACCGAGAUAUAAAACUGGGGAAUGUAAUGAUUAGCGAUGCAAAUGAUUUGAAAAUAAUUGAUUUUGGGCUAUCAAAAGAUACAUUAUUUAGUGCUCCAAAGACAUUCUGUGGUACACCUGACUUUAUAAGCCCGGAGAUGAUGGGAAGAAUGCCGUACACUAAAAAAACAGACAUAUACAGUGCAGGCAUGCUUGUGUACUUUCUCAUAUUUAGGUGUGAUUAUAGCAGAGAAAGAAUGCAUGCAGGGAAAAAGUCUGAGCAGUAUGGGCAGAUGGUGCACCUUCUUGAAAGAAUGCUGGAGAAAGAUCCAAAUAAGAGAAUCACUGCAGAAGAAGCACUUGCCAGCCGGAUAUUUACUGGAUUCUUUCCUAAAUUGAUUUCAAUGGGAGGUAUAAAGCCGUUUAAGAUAUCUACUAAACUAGGAAAUAUUUCAUACGCGGAUGAGAAAGUCACUAUGACCACAGACUUGGCUGUAUUCUCCAUGCGCGGGGAUAUGGGCGGUGUUUAUCAGAAAGAUGCAAAAACAUCCCAGGAAGUGUACACUCCAUUCUCUACCACAGACACAAAGACACUUAAACUUGUGGGAUUCUGCUACUCUAUACUGGGCCUAGUGAAGAAAAGAACUCCUGUGGUAAUUAUACUCACUGAUAAAGGAAAGUUCUUUAAAAUGCUUACAGACACUGUUUAUGUAUACAUCAUAGAUGACUUCUACAUCAUCUGGCAAAACGGAGAAGUAUCUGGAAAGAGUCUAAAGAAUAAAGAAAGAAUCUCUCCUACCUCCCAAGAAAUUGAAGAAAUAAAAACGCUCAUACACGAGGCAGAAAUAACACUCCAGGAAAGUGUGUCUUCACAAAGACCUAUUUUAGCAGAUAAAAGAAUCCAUGCUAAAGGAACACUCCACCACAGUGCAUACCAGUCUGUUGGUAUUUCAGUAGACUCAAAUACACUGGCAAACCUUUCCCCUAGAUCACAGAAACAGAAUGAAUAUACUCCUGUAUUCACACAGAAUGGAAGUAUUCUUAGAAUAGAACCGUACGUAUACUACUUAUGUGUGAGUGAAAGAGAGGCAUAUAUUCUAAAUGUACAAACAGAGGAAAUAACUGAAUGCACACCAGAAAUGCCAAAACAAGUGCAUAAAAUAAGAACAUCCACACAUAAAGGUAUCCUAGAGAAAGUACUUCUAUUCCAGGAACUAUUAAACACAGCCAGACUAUAGAAUGUGACUGUAUUAAUACGCACUGAACAUAUAGAAUAUGUUUAGUAAAUCUGAAUAAUUUCACUGUCAAUAAUUUUGGUUAUUUCUUAAUAAUGCAGAUACCUCUAAAUUGACUUUUAAACCCCCUCGGAAAUUUCUUAGAUAAUUAACCCAGCAACCGCACUACAUAUUAUAAGAAUCUAGAUAUAACCAGGGAAUAGAAUUAAAUGUAUAAUUUUAAAAUAUUUCAUGGUGUAGAGUGUAAAUAUCUGAGUGUAAAUUACAGAAUAUUUCUAGCUUUUGUUACCUCUGUAAAUAUAAAAUAGCCAAAGCAUAAGAAACCCCAUGAAAUUCUGAAAUAUUUAAAAUUGACACUUGCACUUACACAUUUUCAUUCGGGUAUAAUCUACUCAUUCACACCUAGUUUCUAUUUAAUUCGGUAAAUUAUAUAAUAUUUCCUAUUUAUCUAGCAUUUCCCCCAUUUGUUAUGAAUAAACUGCAUAUAG